CCCCCCACGCCCCAGGUGGCCCAGGCCCCCAGUGGCAAUCCCUGUUUACCCGGAGAGCCUGUGCAAGUUGGGCUCCAUCUCGGCAUUCUCUCCCCUCUGGGGCCCCGCCCGCCCGGAAAGCGGGGAGAAAACCGGGCCGAGCCAUUCCUCGCCCUUCCCCUCCCCGCACCGCCGGGAGAGGUCGGGCGGCGAUGACCCCCAAGCCAGCCGGACCCCCGGACGGGGGCUGGGGCUGGGUGGUGGCGGCCGCAGCCUUCGUGGUGAAUGGGCUCUCCUACGGGCUGUUACGCUCCCUGGGCCUCGCCCUCCCUGACCUCGCGGAGCAUUUUGACCGAAGCGCUCAGGACACUGCGUGGGUCAGCGCCCUGGCCUUGGCGGUGCAGCAGGCAGCCAGCCCAGUGGGCAGCGCCCUGAGCACCCGCUGGGGGGCGCGCCCGGUUGUGAUGGUUGGAGGCGUCCUCACCUCGCUCGGCUUCGUUUUCUCGGCUUUCGCCCGCAGUCUGCUGCACCUCUAUCUUGGCCUGGGCGUCCUUGCUGGCGCCGGCUGGGCCCUGGUGUUCGCCCCUGCCCUUGGGACCCUCUCACGUUACUUCUCCCGCCGUCGAGUCUUGGCCGUGGGGCUGGCCCUCACGGGCAACGGGGCCUCCUCGCUGCUCCUGGCGCCCGCCUUGCAGCUCCUCCUGGAUCAUUUCGGCUGGCGGGGCGCCCUGCUCCUCCUCGGCGCCGUUACCCUCCACCUCACCCCCUGCGGCGCCCUGCUGCGACCCCUGGAGCUCCCAGGCGACCCCCCGACCCCACCCCGAAGCCCUCUGGCAGCCCUCGGCCUAGAUCUCUUCACACGCCGGGUCUUCUUGGUUUUUGCUCUAGGCACGGCCUUGGUGGCGGGCGGGUACUUCAUCCCCUACGUGCACUUGGCCCCUCACGCUUUAGAUCGGGGUCUGGGCGGAUACGGGGCAGCACUGGUGGUGGCGGUGGCCGCGGUGGGGGACGCGGGCGCCCGGCUGCUCAGCGGGUGGCUGGCGGACCAGGGUUGGGUGCCCCUCCCGCGUCUGCUGGCGAUGUUCGGGGCUCUGACCGGGCUGGGGCUGCUGGCGGUGGGACUGGUGCCCGUGGUGGGGAGCGAGGAGGGCUGGGGAGGCCCCCUGUUGGCCGUGGCUGGGGCCUACGGGCUGAGCGCCGGAAGCUACGCCCCGCUGGUGUUCGGUGUGCUCCCGGGGCUGGUGGGCAUCGGAGGUGUCGUCCAGGCCACCGGGCUGGUGAUGAUGCUGAUGAGCCUCGGGGGGCUUCUGGGCCCUCCCCUGUCAGGCUUCCUAAGGGAUGAAACAGGAGACUUCACCGCCUCCUUCCUCGUGUGCGGCUCUUUCAUCCUCUCGGGCAGCUUCGUCUACAUGGGGCUGCCCAGAGCGCUGCCCUCCUGCCGUCCAGCCUCGCGUCCAGCCACCCCUCCCCCGGAGAGGGGGGAGCUGCUCCCCGCCCCUCAGGUGGCCCUGCUCUCCCCAGGAGGCCCUCGCUCCACGCUGGACACCACUUGUUGACCAUUUUCUUGUUGGAGCCCCUCCCCCAAUAAAGACUUUAUGAUUUUUCCUGCAAACUCCAAUUGUUAGGCAAUCUAGGAUGCUGGAAACGCUCGACUUAAGAUAUCCAUAAACACUGGUUCAGAGGAAGAGGAUCCCGCUAAGCCCCAGAAGGCAGGAAGGGUGUUUGUUCAGGCAGUCCAUUUCUCUUUGCCCAUUACAGCAGGAAAUCUUUGAGAAAUCGUUUGCUUCCUCGCAGCUUCAGCUGGUUGGGGGGGGUGAGAGGGGGUGGUGUGCUCCCGGGUGCUAGCUGCCCCAUUCUCAUUUCCCAGAUAACUUUUUCCUGCAUGUCAACCUCCUUCCACUGGCCUGAGGGAAAUAUAAGAAUCCCAGACCUGUGGAGUUCCCUCGCAGCACAGUGGGUUAAGGAUCCAGUGUUGCCACUGCCGAGGCUCUGGUCACUGCUGUGGCACGGGUUCUAUCCCUGCCCAGGAACUUCCACAUGUCACAGGAGCAGAAAAAAAAAAAAAAAAAAAAAAAAUCCCAGACCUGGACUUCAGCUUUUUUAGCUUUAUCUCCCCCUCCCAAACUAGCACCCCCCACCAUGUUCUUCACUAUUUUCUUUCUUCCUUUUCUAAGUUACAGGGGAGAGUGGGAAAGAGGAGGUCAGUGGGCAAGUGGGAACAACUGUGGUGAGAGAGCAGAGUCCAGGGUUUAAAUGCUCGGGGUCACCGGAACUCCUGGCUACCUCCCCUCAGCCAACCCAAGCAUGUGGGCCCCGGCUCUUUUUGAGGUUCUGAUGAUCAUCCAGUUUUCUUCAUCAGUUGAAUCUCAAAGGGACAUCCCUCUUCCCCAAAGAUCUGUCUUCAGGGAAGAAACUUAGGAGGCAACACUAGGAGAUCACGUGAAACAGGGUAAGUCUCUUGGCCUUUGAUUUCCACACUCUGUGGUCAGCUGUCUGGAGCAGGCUGAACUCCUGAUCCUUCAGAACAGGUCACAGGAGCAAAGAAGAGGUAAGAACCCUCCACGGAAUACAAAGGGUGGGCACAGCCAUCCCAGGAGCCCCAAGCCUGCUCUGGCGGGAGGCGGAUCUUGAUGCUAAGGCACUGUGGUCUGUGGGUGCCAAGGUGGGGCAGGCGAACACCGGGAGCCGCCAACCUCUGGCUUUCGGGGUCUGACUCUCCCCGUCUUGGCGUUCAGUCCUCUCCCAGGCCCUCCUUGGGCAGCACCUCUGUUACAGGGUCCUGGGCCUUGGAGGUAGGAGCUGAGAAGCAGAAGAAGUGGGGCAGAGUGAUGAGAACGCCACUCCCUGCAAGAAGGAAGGCCCCCGCCACCACAAAAGAAGCUGUGUAGUUGCCUGUCACAUCCCGGAGGUAGCCUAGGUUCAAGAGAAAAAGAAUACACAUGGGUGAUCUGUUUCCGGGGCCGCGAGCUCAGACACACUUGGGGGAGGAGGGAAGAAAAUCAUCCCUGGCUGAUCAUCUUGGAAGAGUGAGGACUCUCAAGAUACAACUGGGUGAACUUGAGGACUGGGCUUUCCAAGGGGCCUGAAAAGUUAUUUUCAGCCGCCUUCCUGCCUUCUGAAAGCAUCUCUGCACCAGCCAGUGGGGGCCUGGGGAUCCAGAUGGAGUCAGGCACGCCUGUGCCUUUCUUCCCAAUAACUGGGACCCUCGCUACCAUGCCUUCACUUCAUAGGGGUUUUUUUGGUUUGUUUUUUGCUUUUUAGGGCCUCACUCGCGGCCUAUGAAAGUUCCCAGGCCAGGGGUUGAAUUGGAGCUACUGCUGCCGGCCUACACCACAGCCACAACAACGCUGGAUCCAAGCUGUGUCCGCGACCUACACCACAGCUCACAGCAACGCCGGAUCCUUAACCCACUGAGCGAGGCCAGGGAUCGAACCCGCAACCUCAUGGUUCCUGGUCAGAUUCGUUUCCGCGGCGCCACAACGGGACCUCCAGGACUUCAGUUAAUGGUGAAGAGGAAAAUAAACGUUACGGAUCUGAAGGUUCUGGCAUCUGGAGCCUGGAGAACUUUAACCAGAUGGCUCAGACCCCUGGCCUGGGGCCCAGUGGGCCAGGAGAGAAGGCAGACAGCGGUAUGCUCGGUCUGGCCAGGUCGUCUGAAAGCCCAAGCUGGAGGUACCUGGCCAAGUGUGCCACAUGGCUUCCCUUCACCUUUCCACUGCCCCCGUUUCUUUGCUCCUUGGACCCGUUUCAGGGCUGUUCUGGUUGACCACGUGGGCUGUGCACUGUAGCACAGCAGGGGGCAAUAGGCACACACAUCCUACAGUAAAUUCCCUCCCUGAAUGGGCUGACACGGCAGCCAUGGCCCCGGGACGCCCCCCUUCCCCUUACCUGACAGAGGGGCCCCCAGCAGCCCCCCGAUGCUCUCUACCAUCUGCACCAGUCCCAGGCCACAGUAUAUCCUUCCGGUCCCCACCAGUUCAGGCAGCACGGAGAAGGCCACUGGGGUCAGAGCCCCUGAUGUGAAGCCAUAGGCCACAGACAGAGCCACCAAGGCUGUGGGAGCCUGAGCCACAGGGAACAGGGCGAGUAUCACCCCCGUCAGGGUGGUCCAGAGCAUCAGGAGUCUUGCCACAGGCCCUGGGACUGCAUCCCCUAGACACCCAGAAGCCACUCGCCCCACAAGGUCAGAAAUAGCAGCCACCGAGAGUAGGAAGGCAGCAGGAAGUGCGUCCCAAUCCAGGUCCCGGAGAUGGGCCACCAGGUGCACAUAAGGGAUGAAGUAGCCCGUGUUGAUCAGGGUCAGGGCCACAGUGUAACGGAGGAAGGGGCCGUGAUGGAGGAGGCAGGUGAGCUGGGCCCCGGGGCCACCCACAGCAGGGUCCUCAGCCAGGGAGAGUGGGCGGAGCAGAGCACCACAGGCCACCAAGUGGAGGGAGAGGGCAGACACCAGCAGUAGGGCCCCCCGCCAGGCAUAGUGGCUGAGCAGCCAUUGGAAGAGUGGGGCAAAAGCAAAGGAGGACAGGCCCACGCCCGUCAGCGCCAGCCCGGUGGCCAGGGACCGCCGGCGAGAGAAGUAACGGGACAGGCAGGCCAGGGUUGGAGUGAAGGUCAAGGCCCAGCCAGAUCCUGUCAAAAGGAAGAAAUGGGGGUUGAGGGACUCUUAGGGAGCUCAGGGCACCCAGUCAUCCUCCCACCACUGCCUGAAUGCGGCACAGGCCUGAGUUACGGUCCUAGCUCCAUGCUUUCUAGCUGUGUGACCUUGUGCAGUUCACCUCCCACCUUCAGUCUCAUUGCAAAACAGGGCUUAUAUAUUUUAUGAGACUCUGGAGGCUUAGAGAUAAUGUUUGCAAAGUACCACAGACCUUUGGAGUUAGACCUGGGCUCUCCCGUUUCUGGCUGCAUGUGCUUCAUUUGCGAGUAGCAUAAGCUCAUCUGUAAAUAGGAUAAUGAAAAGUCCCUGCCGCCACUUCACAGUAACUCCAGUCCCACUAGCCCUGGGCUUGUACUUUCUGGAUUCAUCGUCUUUGAGUUUCCUGAUCUUCCCUAACCGGUUUCUCACUUUAGUCACCUCUCUUUAAGAAGCCCCUCAGGGCCCAGGCGCCAGCCAAACCUUUCCCUCGGCUUCUCCCUAAGCCUUUCAAAGCAGCCAGAAGAAGGUAAAAAGUCCAGAGGCCAAAGACUCAGGCUUUUGACUCUCCGGCCCUUGCCCAGGGUCUCACCUGAGAGCAGCCCAAUACUCAGGUACAGGUGGGUCAAAGAGGUAGCAAAGGAGGCGAGCAGCAUCCCUAAUGCAGCCAAGAUGCCUCCAGCCAUCACCACAGGCCUGGGUCCGAACUUCGUGCUCAGGGCACUGCCCACUGGGCCUGGAGAAGAGGAAAGGUUCUGGGGGAAGCGCCCAGGCGUCCUUCCCCAGCAACCACCCGCCCCAUCUCCUUGACUGUCUCCCCCCACCCCCGCCUCCCUUCCGAGGGUCAAGGGUCGCAGGACUCUGGACCCAGGCGCAGCACUCACUCCCGAACUGCUGCACCGCGAUUCCUAUGGAAGCGAUCCAGGAGACUCGCGCCGCCUGCUCCUCAAACGCCGCCACAAACUCCACAAAGAAGACGCCGAAGGAGCGGAGCACCCCGAACACCAGCGCCGACUGGAAGAACGCUGAGAGCACCACCAUCCAUCCCCAGCCCCCGUCGGGGGGCUCAGCCCUAUGUGCCAUCAGGGAGGCAACAGGGCAGCCGCCACCAAGAGACCUUCGGGAGCAGGGCUCAGGAGGUUGCGCCCACCCACCUGGCCACCCAGCCGGCCGGCUCCGGACCGCGCGGGGGCGGAGAGGAUGGUAGCGAGGAAAGCACCUACGAGGGCUUGAAAGAUGCAGAGAGGCUGCGUGAGGCGCCUGCGCCUUUUCCUUAGUGGGGGAGCGAUAUAGGUGGGGUGACCAGGCCCUCGCUGGCCCCCCGCGUUCAGCGCCAGGGGGCGUGGCUACGCUGGCGGUAGUCGAGAGUCCGGGCCCGGGUGGGACAGACGGAGGCAGGGGCGGCCAUUCGGUCUAGGAGCCCGGGGGCGGGGGCAGCACUGGCUUUGAGCCCCACCCCUGGGGCGCCAGCCUCCGGGUGGAUCAUCAAUCUUAUCAUCGGAAGGGUCAGCACCUGGCCAGCCCGGCCGACAUCCCCGUCUGCAGCUCACCAAUGAAAACGCGGAACUCCUCGGCGAGGGGCGGGGCCAGAGGGGCGGGGCGGGGUUUAGAGCCCGUUCCUUGCAGGGGCAACGAGCCCGGCGCAUGCGUGAGGCGGGGACUUUCCGGGACCAAGUCAGCGGACCCCGCGUGACCCAGGAGCCUACGAGGAGGCUCCUUCGGUCUCCUGUCUACCUAGCGGGCUAAUUCGACCAGAUUUCAGCACGGAGACGUGCACGAAACCUACAGGUCACGGAGACCAAAAAUAACUGGGGAGAGGAAGUGCAGCUCUGAGCUCACUGGAGCCCCACCAAGCACCCUUCUUCAGUGGGGCUGGAAACUUUUCCUCUGCACUCUAGUAACAAGCACUUCCUGACCACAAUUUUUGAUCUCAUGGUGGGAUAGACUAAAGAGACAAGCUGUGACCACCACUGGAGCAAUAAGCCCCUUCUACCCCACCAGCACCCAAUUUCUCCAGUCUUACACAGCGCUAUAGGGCUCGGCUUCAAGAUCUUUAGGACACUGACCUUGAAAUGUGAGCUCAAGUGUUCAUACCGGACAAGUGGGCUGGGAUGAGGAGGGAGGCUGGGUACUUUUCAAAAGCGUAUUGAAUCUUUAUAUGUGGGAAAUAAAAAUAAUCAUGCCCCA